GUCCGUGCGAGCAGCUCUCUCCGCAGCUCCUGCCAGCUGCUCCUCCUCCUCCUUCCUUCCUGCCUAGCAUUGCUCACUAUCCUGUGCUUAUCCUCUUAUCCUUUCAUCCCUUUGCUCUUCUAUACCGAUAAAUAAUAAAUAACCAUGACGAAACAGCGCUUCUCAACCCUGCACUCGUCGGUAUCCAACCUCCGGCUCUCCGAGUCUAGUUCGCAGGAACGCCAGCAACAACCUUCCCCGCAGCUACAGUCCACGUCGCCCUUCUCCCCAGAAGCCUACGCUCAGCCAUUCGUUGACUUUAUCAGUAAAAACCCAACGAUAUUCCAUGCCGUCGACGCCUUUAGCAAGCAACUCGAGGCAAAUGGAUACAAGAGACUCUCUGAACGCGACUCAUGGACGUCCGAGCUGAAGGCCGGUGGGAAGUACUAUCUCACGCGCAAUGGCAGUUCAUUGAUCUCAUUCGCCAUUGGCAGCGAGUAUAAAGGCGGGAAUGGUAUUGGGAUUGUUGCGGGACACAUUGAUGUCUUGACCACCAGAUUGAAGCCGGUUUCGAAGCUACCAAAUAAGGCCGGAUUUAGACAACUGGCCGUUGCCCCAUACGCGGGUGCCUUGAAUAAGACCUGGUGGGAUAGAGAUUUGGCUGUGGGGGGUCGUGUGUUAGUGAAAGAUCCAUCGACUGGCGUGGUGGAAACGAAGCUGGUUAAGCUGGACUGGCCCAUCGCGCGUGUCCCGACACUGGCCCCUCAUUUUGGAGCUCCUUCGACCGGCGCCAACCCGGAGACUAAUAUGGUCCCGAUCAUUGGAAUUGAUAACUCGGAUAUUUUCUCUGACAGCGCAGCCGAUGUUGAUGAAGAAGCUGGCAUCAAGGCCGGCACUUUUGCCGCCACCCAGCCUUCCAAGCUUGUCAAGGUCAUUGCUGGCGAAUUGGGUGUUACUGACUACAGCAGCAUUCUGAACUGGGAGCUGGAGCUUUAUGACAGCCAGCCCGCCCAAUUUGGCGGACUCGACAAAGACCUAAUUUUUGCUGGUCGCGUUGACGAUAGACUGUGUUGCUAUGCAGCUCAUGAAGCUUUGCUUGCGUCUCCCGAUACAUCUUCUCCAGGCCUCGUCAAGCUUGUCGGCAUGUUUGAUGGGGAGGAAAUCGGAUCCCUUCUUCGCCAGGGUGCGAAGUCCACAUAUUUGAGCGGCGUGAUUGAACGCAUAUCCGAAGCCUUUGCCGAUGGCAAUUACGGGCCUAACCUUUACAACCAAACCGUCGCAAACAGCUUUCUGAUUUCUUCCGACGUGAUCCAUGCCGUGAACCCCAACUAUCUCAGUGUCUACCUACAAAACCACGAGCCACGGCUGAACGUCGGUGUGGCUGUGUCUGCCGAUCCAAACGGACACAUGGCCACUGAUGCUGUCAGUACCGCCAUUCUCCAAGAAGUCGCCAAUCGGAGUGGCUCGAAGCUCCAGGUAUUCCAAAUAAGAAACGAUUCCCGCUCCGGCGGUACAAUCGGACCCAUGACCAGUGCUCAGAUUGGGCUGAGAACUAUUGACGCUGGCAUCCCGCAACUCAGCAUGCAUAGUAUCAGGGCAACAACGGGACGUUUGGAUCCAGGAUUGGGCGUCAAAUUGUUCAAAGGCUUCUUCGAUCACUUUGAAGAAGUGGAUAAGAGCUUUCAGAGUUUUUGAUUAGUAGACAUGACUGAGAUAUACCGUAUUGCUGAUUUCCAGUCGAUUAUGCUUAGCUAGAUAUUACCAUGCAUCGCUAUAUAGAUAUUUCGCGAAUUUAUCGUCAAUUUCACAAUCAACUACCAUCAAUCUGCAUUUCAGCUUUCAUCUAUGAAUAGCAACAAUCUACCAACCUGCCAUGCAUGAAGUA